AUGGCACAAGAGGAGCUGAUAUAUAGGUCCAAGAUCAUGAGUGAGAAAGAGAGAAAAGGUGACCGUACAUGGAGGGUAGAGCGUGUUUAUUCAUCUUGGGCAGAAAUGAACAAUGAGAAGUUUUCUUGGAAUCUUCCUCAUCAACCGGUUCAGGCCUUGAAAAGGAGGGUCCAUGUCAAAGGAAGAGACACAACAGCAUUAACAUGUAAUAGCUUCACAGAUACUCUAGUGUCAACCAUUAAGAGGCUUCCAAUAAUAGAAAAAAGAAAAAUACUUAGGCAAGUAAUAAUGUUGAUGUUCCUCAAAUCUUCUUCUCGCAUAGUUGCAUAG